UCUGCUUUGCUUGUUUGUGUUCCCUGAUUGCUGUUAUAUGUAGCUUUAGCAGCUGAAGUUAGGAAUUUCUUUCUGUUUUGCUGCUCUUCCAGGAACCUGUGAAGAUCUUGUUUGCAGCCUCACCUACAGUGCAGGACUUGGGCACAGACCUUGCUGAGGAAGCUGGCUCUUAUGUCAAGUAAACCCCCAAGUCUCAAAUUCAUUAAAUAAGACCCAUAGAGAAUGAAGCCAUUAUACAGUCCUUCCUUUCAAAUACCUGCACAGGAACCGUAUGAAAAGCAGCUGUGAAAAAUCAUAAGGAGAGGAAAAAAAUGUACCAUAAAAAUAGGACAACCAUAUUUUCCAUAGACUUCAAGUCAUCUGGAGGAUGUUUAUCUGGAAACAAACAUUGCUGUGAAGGCUGGAUCUGACUGUACCAACCUCAGAAUAAGUGUUCCAGCAGGUUUCCUGUGGUGCUAUAUACUGCAACUUGCCUGAGGGUUUCCUAAUGUCUGAAAAGAGAAGAGCAGGGAGAAUGGAGGAAGAAUCCAUCAAGGGAUCUGGAUCCUUGGCCCAGGCUGAUGACCUCAAUGCAAAGCCACUGUCACAGGGGAAGAGAGACUUGGACAAAGAAUCUGUGUCAAACAUGUUCAAAACUGAUGCAGCUGGUCAGCAGUUUAACCUUGAAGCUGCAAUUAAGAAUGUUGAUAAAAUGUCCAACGAGCUGAAGAAGCUAAAUGUGGAAAGCCAACUACUGCUUUGUGACCUUAUUCUGAAUUUCAACCACCCCACGAAGGCCAAAGAUUUAAGAGAGGCUGAAGAAAAAGCCUGGAGUUUGAUGGAUUAAGUAACACCAUUUGUUUUCAUGCAUUGUCUUCUAUUAAUAGUUAUUCAGUUUAAACUGUAAAAUGCCAAAACAGUUUACUGCACUUGUAGUAGUUUCCUUUUAAUCUGGCAAUGUAGGAUUGAAAAAUGUUAUAUGUAGCAUAUUGGUUUUGAGAAAUAUUUUAAACCCAUUUUUCUCAAACUAAGUAUAUUAGGUGUUGAAAUAGUGGCAUAAUUAACUUAAAAUGUCAGGAAACUUAAGCUGGUGAUUUUCACACAUGGUUCAUUCCUUUUAAUUACUGGAAGAGUAAUAAAAGAUUUUAAAUUACUUCAA